CUACACGAUGUUCAAGUACUUCAACCGGAAGUUCAAGAUCACCGAGAUCGAGCCCCAGGACGUGAAGGAGGCCUUCCUCAGGUUCUCCGACGGCGGGCCCCAAAUGGCGGACCAGCUGCGGCGGUUCUUGGUGGAGCAGCAAGGAGCCGGGCGCCGCCGACGCCGACGCCGCCGCCGCCACCGCCGCCGCCGCCGCGGCCUCACGCUCGACGAUUUCUUCCGGUACCUGCUCCGCGACGAUCUCAAUGGCCCAAUCUCGUGCCAGGUGCACCAUGAUAUGACUGCGCCCUUGUCAGAUUAUUUCAUAUACACAGGACAUUCCUACCUCACCGGGAACCAUGAGCAGUGACUCGCAGCGACGCCCCUAUUAUACGAGCUUGCAGAGGUGUGAGAAGUGAUUGAACUCGACAUGUGGCCCAACCCCGACAAAGAUGACAUCCUUAUUCUUCACGGAGGUGCAAAAACUUCGCCCUUCUUCCCUUGGCCACGCCUUGUCAAGUGUUUGAAGUCCAUAAAAGAGUAUGCCUUCGUUAAAUCACCGUACCCGGUUAUAAUCACUUUAGACCAUCUUACACCAGAACUCCAGGCGAAAGUUGCGGAGAUGGCCACUGAAAUAUUCGGGGAUACAUUGUACUUCGACAGAAGAAUGCUUAGCAGAAUUCCCUUCACCAGAGUCACACUUAAGAACCGGAUCAUCAUUUCGACCAAACCGCCGAAAGAGUUUCUUGAAUCUAAAAGCUCAAAGGAUAAGUCUUCAUCUUCACCGACUGGUACACAUUCAUCUGAAGACGGCUGGGGGAAAGGGAAACCUGACUCUGCAUCUGAGUUUGAUUGCGAUUCUAGGAGUGGGAGCGAUCAAGAUUGUGAAGACACAAAUGCCAGCCAGAGACAUGAAUACAGACGCCUAAUCACAAUACACGCAGGGAAACCAAAGGGUAGCUUGAAGGAGGCGUUAAGAGUUUCAGAAGAUAGAAGGCGUCUAAGUUUGAGCGAACAGGAACUUGAGAAAGCUACUUCAUCUCAUGGCACUGAUUUGGUGAGGUUUACUCAAAGGAACAUUUUAAGAGUGUAUCCCAAAGGAACAAGAGUCACUUCCUCAAAUUACAAUCCCCAUGUCGGUUGGAUGCACGGUGCUCAAAUGGUCGCAUUUAAUAUGCAAGGACACGGGAAAUCGCUCUGGAAGAUGCACGAAUGUUCCAGAGCCAAUGGAGUGUGUGGUUACGUGAAAAACAGGUUUUUGAUGCGGCAGGGUCCUAACAAGGAAGUACACGAUCCGAAAAGAGAGCACAUUGUAAAAAGAAGACGUUGAAGGUCAAGGUAUAUGGGGGACGGAUGGAACUUGGAAUUUAGCCCAACGCACUUCGACACUUUUUCCCCUCCAGACUUCUACACAAAGGUUAGAAAAGAAGUUUGCUUGCCAGCCGAUAAUGCCAAGAAGAAGACGAGGAUCAUCGAAGACAACUGGUUUCCUAUUUGGGACGAAGAGUUCGAAUUCCGCUGUGCGUACCUGAGCUGGCCUUGCUUCCGGAUUGUCGUAAGAGAAUACGACAGGUCAAAGGACGAUUUCGGCGGGCAGAUGUCUUCCCAUAUCGGAGCUAAAGACCGAUUCCGCGAUCCGUUGUACGAUAAGAAGGGAGAGAAGUACAAAUCCGUGAAGCUUCUGAUGCGAUUUCAAUUUUUUGGUACUUCUAGAUCCUUGGCCUCUAUAAGGACGAGCGUGUCUACUAGGACUUUAACUAUGCUGCUCUUUGGAAGGAAGAGCUCACGAAGAAGAAAUGUCCGCCGCAGCCGGGUGACGACCAGCCCCGCCUCGGAUUCCUCCCCGCCGCCCCGCCGGAUCGAGCAAUGGACGCCGCCGCCGCCGCCGCCCGCAACCGCCGCCAACAACCGCCGCCACUGCCCGUCCUCCGCCAAGGCCAACCCCUCCACCGUCACCACCGCCACCACCGCGCGCGCCGGCGACUCGCUGAAGGGCUCCCCGUGGACGUCGAGUGACGAGGGGCCCUCGUACGACCCCGAGGUGUGGGAGAUGUUCAACAAGAACUUCCGGCAGGUGCAGACCGUGCUCGACCGGAACCGCUCGCUGAUCCGGCAGGUGAACGACAACCACCAGUCGAAGAGCGCCAACAACAUGGUCAAGAACGAGGCCCUGAUCCACGAGAUCAAUCAGAACAUAUCGAAGGUGGUGUCGCUCUACCCGAUCUCUCCACGGAUUUCUCCUCCGCGUUCCACCAGCGAGAGACGAGCGGCACCGGUUCCGCGUCCAAAGGAAGCAGCCCCUAAUCGUGACCCCUUAUCGAGAACCCCUUCUGUAGGAUUGGGAAUUUUUUCUGCAGGAGUGAAGGUCGGUGCUAGCUAA